AUGGCUACUGGAAACGAUAAAGGUAAUGGUGAUGGUACAGGUGAAGAAGGGGAAGAAAUUUCUAUUAAACAGCACAUAGAUGAAGUAAACAAAGAUCCAAACUAUAAGGUUCUAACAAAAGAGGAAUAUAAAAUAUUAGUAAAUGCAGGUCUUAAACAAGAGCAAAAGACAAGUACUCCUUUUAAAAGUCCAGGUUGGCAUCCAUUUUCUCCAAUGUCAAAGUUACUCAAUACAAUGGGUGAUUCCAAAAACCUUGGUAAUGUCUCCAUGUUUCAAGGUAAUCAAUAUCCCACCCCUAAAUUACCAACAUUUAGUGGAACAGAUGAGCCACAGAAAGGGGAAGUUAGGUAUGAGGUUUGGAAUUUUGAAGUAAAGUGCUUACUAAAUUCAAAUCAGUACCCAGAACAUAUUCUACUUCAAGCCGUCAGAAAUUCUCUGAAAGGUUUAGCUAGAAGUAUGUUAGUAUCAGUUGGAGAUAAAGCAUCUAUCCAAGACAUUUUGAGAAAAUUAGAUGGAUUUUUUGGCAAUGUCGCCUCAGGCGAAAAGCUGAUGCAGUCAUUCUACAAUGAUUGUCAAAAAGAGGGGGAAUCCAUUGUUGUAUAUGCUUCGAGAUUAGAGGACACAUUAUCAAAAGCGAUCAAAUUUGGUCACAUUGGGAACGAAGCCAGAGAUGGGAUGUUAAGAAGCAAAUUUUGGACCGGUUUAGGUAGUCAACAAUUAAAACAAAGCACAAGACAUCUGUUUGACUCUAUUAAAAAUUUUGAAUCUUUACUUAGGGAAAUCAGAAAAGUGCAAGAGGAGAUAACAUCUCAAAGGAGUACAGGGACAACAAAGCAAGCAAGACAGGCAUUCCAACAAGCAGAGAGAGCAGAGACUACACCAUCAUCAGACCUGCAGAAAGAAUUACAGACAAUAGUAAGAACAAUGGAAAGGUUAGAACAGAAAAUUGACAGUAAUACAAAAAGUUUCCAACAAUUGAACAAAAGAGUUUAUGACUUAGAAAUUAAUACACAGAGACAACAAAGUUUUUAUUCAAAUAGAGGUACAUUUACAAGGGGUAGAUUCAACUACUCAAACAGAGGUUUUGGUCGAGGUCGUGGUCAAAGUCAAGGUCAAAUUCAAGGUCAAAACCAAGGUCAAAGCCAAGGUCAGAGUCAGGGUCAAAUCAAUAUAAACCAUCCCAAGUUGGACAGAAUUCAAAAAAAUACUAACCUCUUCUAUUGA